AUGGAUGCAGAAGAGAAAUCGUCUUCUUCUACAUCCGCCAACUGCUCGAGGAAUCUUCUUAAACGCCGGUCAAUUUCUCUCAACACUGCAGUUCCACCAAUCCAUACGGAACUUGAACGUUGCAGUCGAGUUGGUUUGGUAAAACGACAAGUUUCCACAGAUGUGUGUGGACAUUUCAAUGAGGAAUUUUAUGAGACCCCUUCCAGCAGUAACGUCUCCACGAUGGUCCUAUCGAAAUUGCGAUCUUUUGGUCGACAAAUACAUCGUCACAUGAUUGAGACAGUAAAUGUGACGAAUGAUGCGUCCCGAGGAAUUCCACGAUCAGCAGUUGGUGAUCUCUAUUUUCAGAGUGUAAGUCCUACUGAAGUCAUUAAUCGAAAAGGGGCAUCUCGACAGUACCGAAGUGGAAAGCUGAGUCUAGAUCUGGAAGAAACCUGGAAGUGUUUGCGAGUUAUGGAAAUGUCUCAUGACCUUAAGCAUAAUACACAGAGUUCCUCGGUUUCCAAACUACAAGAAUCUUUACUUUUUAGAGAUUCCCAAGCUGAAGUUGAGUCAAUAAAAUCCAAAGAACCACGGGAAAGACGGCUUUCCACGUCUGCCCUACAUUUAGAUGGACUUGAGCAGCAUCACAUGGAUAAACAGAAGAAACAGGUAGCUGCGACAAUUGAAGACACUAGGAAAACCUUUUCCAAAGGUAAUCGACCCCGGGAAGUGAAUUAUGAUGAUCAGGGUCAGACUUGGGAGAUCUACGGUGCUGAUCAGGACCCUAACGCUCUAGGGCAGGCAAUCGAAAGCCAUUUGGAGAAGAUGAUACAAAGAAAGCAGAGGGAACAGCGAUGUUUUUCUCUCGGAAAUGAAAUUCCCCACCGGAAUACUUGUUCCCCAAAAUCCAGUUCACGAACCUCGCACACUGGAGAGCAAAUAUUACAAGCUGCAAGAAGGCGUUUCCGUCGAAGGGCUGUCUCCUCUGUAACUACAAAUUCCACGCACACAGCUAAUGAAGAGAGUCCAGAUAGAGAGACCCGUGGAAGACGCUCUAGGCUUAUUAGCUACAUCAACCGAAUUCUACGACGGUCGUCCACAUCAGUUUUGGCUGCACGAAGGCAUAAUCUCUUGCAUCAAGAUUCUUUUAUGGAAGGCGGAGGGCCGGCAACUGGUGCGAAGAAGGCAGUGAUUUCUGCCACCUAA